AUGCCAAUGUCUCAUCAAAUCGACUGCUCGCACCUUAGUGCUCCGCACGUCCCAGGAGCCACAGUGCUUUCGAUCAAUGCCACCGAACGAUGGAAUUAUUCAGUACCAGCAACCCCUCCGUUUCUCCUCUCCCCUGUCCAGAACCUUAACAUCUGCGACGUGACUGUGUCGCUCACGCAUGCUGGCGCCGAGAAUCAGGUCACAGUGAAAGUUUGGCUACCACUCCAAGAUUGGAAUGGAAGGUUUCAAGCAACUGGUGGAUCAGGUUAUGCUGCUGGCGAAUUCGAUCUUACACUUGGCCCAACGGUCAAGAACGGAUACUCUGCGGUAUCCACUGAUGCUGGCGUCGGGCUCAAUGCUUUAAGUCCCGGUUCAUGGGCGCUCAACACAGAUGGAUCUGUCAACUUUGACGCUUUGAUUGACUUUUCGUAUCGCUCCGUACACGACAUGGCUAUUGUGGGCAAAGAGCUCACAAGACAAUUCUAUGGUACCAAGCCUAAAUAUUCAUACUGGAACGGCUGCUCAACGGGCGGACGACAGGGAAUGGCUGCUGCUCAGAGAUACCCGGACUUAUUUGAUGGCAUCCUUGCUGGAGCGCCGGCAAUCAACUGGGCGAAGUAUGUCGUCGCAGAACAAUGGCCACAAACUGUCAUGCAGCAAGAGCUAACAUUCCCUUCGACAUGUGAGCUGAAGUUCUUUUCUGACGCUGCAAUCAAGGAAUGUGACGAGAUGGAUGGUGUGAAGGAUGGCAUUAUUACUGAUCCGGAGAACUGUCUCUAUGAUCCAUUGGAGUCUGUUGGACAAGUAAUUGAAUGUGAGGGUCAGAAAAUCACAAUCACCAAUUCCACUGCCACGAUCGUGAAAAAGACUCUCCAGGGACCCUUGGACCCAUAUGGACGACCACUCUGGUAUGGUCUCAACGCCGGUGCUCCGUUAGACAACCUGGUAAAUACAACAACAGAGAUCAAUGGUACACGGACUGGAAACCCUUUUUUCGUGAAUGAUCAAUGGAUCAAAUACUUCCUGGCUCGUGACCCUGAUUACAACACCGAACAGAUCAAUUACAAUACUUUUCUUGAUCUUUUCUGGCAAUCCUACACGGAAUAUGAUAGUAUCAUUGGUACUGAUGAUGCUGACUUGUCCUCAUUCCACCACCAUGGUGGUAAAUUGCUCAUGUGGCAGGGUUUAUCCGAUCAGCUGAUCUUUCCUGGCGGAACGAUCGACUACCGUAAUCGCGUGGAACGUCUCAUGGGAGGAGAGAACAGGACCAAUGAUUUCUUUAGGUUGUUUCUCGCGCCUGGUGUCGACCAUUGUGCUGCGGGAACGACUAUUGGGGCAAUCCCAAACGACCCCUUCGAGGCAUUGGUUGACUGGGUCGAACAGGGAGACGCCCCGAAUAUGAUCCCGGCGACAAUAAACGAUGGGACUCAAGCGGAGAGGAUUAUCUGCUCUUAUCCUCAGGUUGCGACCUACAUAGGUGGAAAUGCAGAUUGUGCUGCUAGUUACACAUGUGCGUAA